AUGUCGUACCAUCUUUCAUUCACAGGUGCUGCCAACGGUACACCCAACGGCGCACCCAACGGUGCUGCCAACGGCCAUGCUGCCGUGUCGGCACCGCCCCACCCCACGCAGGAGCAGAUCGACGCCUCGGCGCGCAAGUACUUUCUCUUUGGCUCGCCCAUCUCGCACUCUGCCAGCCCGGCAUUCCAGAACCUGAUGCUGCAGUCGAUUGCGCCCAUCGGCUUCCCGGGCUCGGAAGCGCAGACGUUCCACCCGACGUACUCGCUCAAGGAUACGAAAUCGGUCGACGAGGCGCACCUGUACGACCUCGUUCGCAAGGACCCGCUCUUUGCCGGUGCGGGCGUGACGAUGCCGCUCAAGGUUGCGGUGACCGCAACGCUCGGACCCAAGGGCGUGAUCGACGAGCUGAGCGAGGCGGGCAAGGCGACGCAGACGGUCAACACGAUCAUUUCGACCCCCAACGGAGCGGGCCGAAAGAUGGUGGGGACCAACACGGAUUACUUGGGCAUUGCGCAUGCGGUGCUGCGCGGAGUGGCAGAGUGCAAUGCAGAGGACAGGGUGACCAAGUAUCUCGACCCGCAGCUCGGCGUCAAGGCGAGGUACGUCUUCCCGCGCAACAAGGCGGGCAAGCCGUAUGCGGCGUUCAUCAUCGGAUCGGGCGGCACGUGCAGGUCGGCGGUGUACGCGGUGAGCCAGAUGGGUCUUUCGCCGAUCUAUCUGCUGAACCGCGAUGCGGACGAGACGCAGGCGGUGGUCGACCAUUUCGGUGCUACGGUGGAUCUGCGGCCGCUGCGCUCGGUCGAGGCGUACGAGCGCGAAGCUGCGCUGCGCGAGUCGGGCGAGAUUGGCCAUGUGGCAUGUGCGGUCGGAGCCAUCCCGGCGUUCGCCCCGCAGACCGAGGAUGAAAAGAUGGUCUACACGCUCGCACACAGCUUCUUUGCCGAACCCUACACUGCGCUCGGUGAAGAGCAUGCCGAUCUGCCGCAGGAAGGGGAGGAGAAGUUGGUGGCCCUGCCGCUGCCGGCCAAGAGGCCGUUUUUGGACAUGUGCUACAAGCCGCGUCAGACGCCGUUGCUGCUCGAGGCGGAAAAGCAGGGCUGGCUGCCAGUCGGCGGUGUAGAGGCCAUGGUCGAACAGGGACUCGCACAGGCACGCAUGUGGGCCGCUACCGCAAAGGCGUUCGAGCAGGGCAAGACGAGCUUUGACCCGAUCCCGUUCGCCGUCAAGGCAGGCGACGAGGGCCCGAUCGGACUCGAGAUCGAGGAGCAGGCUCGCGAUCUCGUGCGUGCCAUGCUGGACAUCAACGGCACUAGGUAUCGUCCUGUCGACCAAGAUAUCAUCGCAAUGUUGGCGCAACCUUCGUAUUCGAUCUUUACGCACUCGGUGGGCUACCACACGGCGGGGCAUACGUUGUCGGACAAGCUGGAGGCGGUGGCGCAGGCGGGGAUGGAUGGCAUCGAGCUGUUCACCGACGACCUGUGGACGUUUGCCCAGUCGGAACUGUUUACGACGCUGUCGAGGGGUGGAGAGCUGUUGACGCCGCCGGAUAGCCCGUUGGCCAAGCACGCGUGUGUGGGCAAGCAGCGCGUGUGGAAUGCGUACGGCGAGUGUACGCAGCAGGAGGCGGAGCGCGAGGUGGAGGCGGCCAAGUGGGUCAAAGCGAGGUGCGACGAGCUCGGGUUGAAGGUGUACUGUCUUCAGCCGCUCAGGGAUGUAGAGGGGUGGGUCGAGGAGGAGAAGAGGGCGGAAGCGAUGAAGAGGGUGGAGAGUAGAUUUGCGGUCAUGCAGGCGCUGGAUACGCAGCUUUUGCUCGUCUGUUCGCAAAACACACCCGCGCCUGCAACGACGGGCGAUCUCGAGGCACUCAAGAGGGAUUUCACACAGAUCGCCAACAUGGCGGAGCGAUUUACACUGCGAACCGGACACGAGGUUCGGGUGGGAUUCGAAGCGCUGGCGUGGGGAUCGCACGUGGACAAGUGGACGCAAGCCUGGGAGGUGGUCAAGUCGGUGGAUCGCAAAGAGGUGGGCUUGAUCCUGGAUGCGUUCAACACGCUCGCACGCGAGUACGCCGAUCCUUGCUCGUCCACCGGCAUCCAAGAGCCAGCCGCACAAACACUGCUCCGCCUCGGCGAGAGCCUGGAUGGCAUCGUCGAGGUGCCCGGGGAUAAGAUCUUUCUGCUGCAGAUCGGAGAUGCCAAGAAACUGCCCACACCACUUCUACCGUCCCCAAGGGAGGGUGAGGAGCGACCGAGUAGGAUGAUCUGGUCGCGAUCGUCGAGACUCUUCCCAUGCGAGUACGACCAGGGCGCAUUCAUGCCCGUCCCCGCAUUUGUCGACAGGGUCGUCAAGGCAGGGUACAAGGGUCCGUGGUCGAUCGAGGUGUUCAACGACUCGCUCAACGAUACCAGCAGGCAUACGACGAGGAGCCAUGCCACGCGCGCCAGGGCCGGCUUGGAUAGGCUGGUAGAGCAUGUCUUCAAGUGA